CAGGAGAAACCUGCAGGACACAGCCGACAGUCCACUCUGUCCUCUGUGCUGAUCAGACCGGGUAAACAUGGCUGCAGCAUAAAACAGAUGAAGGUGGUACAGUGACGAUAGCACUACAGUACAUACAGUAUGAUCCAGCAACAAGCACAAGCUGUGUGUGCAGAGGUGUGUUGCUCCAUUACCUUGCAGUCACUUAUGUGACUUUUUUCCGUGUACAGGUUGAACGUUCCUGCUGGACACCUACGAGGUGCUGACACAUUGCCAGGACAACUACAACAUGGAAAUGAUUUAUUAGGCACAAAUUCCUUUUUUAAUUACCAAAAGCAACAACACUGUGUGUUCUUAAAGUCUGGUCGGCAAUUUCAAAAACAGUUGGUGAUUUACUAGUGACCAGCAGGACACUCUAAACAAAGCUGGUGGGAGAAGUAUUUUCCUUCUUCACAGUGAUACGAGUCGGCGUUUUCGCUGAUGGGAAGGUCUCCGCUCCCUUCAGAGGAUUCUUACACAAACAAAUUGAUGUCAGGUUGGACGUUUGUAGUGUUUUUUUUCUUUAAUUGGGUAAAAAUACAUGUACAAAUGGGUUUCUCUUACCUAAGAAAGCUGCAGGUUGUAUCAGCAGGAGAAAGAGCCAUGAAGCUGAAAAGCAGAACAGAUCCAUUACUUUCAACGAACACAUUAUCACUAAGUCCACACGGUCAUUUAUUUGUGUCUCAACAGCGAGGACUGAUUGUUUGAAGGCAUGAAAGUCAGAAGCCCUUAGUCACUGAAAGUGAAACAGGAGGCUGAAAUGUGAUUCCUAGGUGCUCUAGCUAUUAAUGUUGUGCAGUGAUGUACUGUAACACUACCUUCCACCUUCAUAAUGCAUGAGAAUGUGCUAAAGCGAGCAAGCUCAUUUUCUCUGCCGAGGUGAAUUAUUUACGAAACCCCAGAAUAAAACAACAACUACUACGUUUGCUCAAAUCGAUAAGGCUAACGUUGAAUGCCAACGUCAAGGUGGAAAAUGAAGGUGCGACAAUAUCUGUUUGAGCAGAGAGCGAGCGAGCUGCACCCGUGCAUCUGGAGAUACGUGCAAACCACAUUGAUGUGUAGCGUACGUUCCUUUUUCCAUGCCAGGUGCACAACGUCAGCUUUAUAGCAUUAAUGCACGCAAGACAUGCUGUUGCAUCGUGUCAUCAUUCCACUACAGAAUAUGAUUUUAUCCUUUACAUUUUUAACCACAAGCUACGUUGCAAGGACUCACAAGCAAUAAAUGGAAAAGUUAUGAAUUAUUUUUACACAGCUCUGAAUCCUGUCGUACACCACUUCCUGUGACUUAACCAAGGGUGGGAGCAUGCAUGUGGGUGCUUCAGUGUUUGCCUGCAGGUGCAAGCACCACCAGAUUAACAGAGAGCAAUCUGUCUUUACUGCAGGUUCUUAGUCGGGGAUCAUCAACACAAGGGCAACAACUAUGAGCACAGUCCAGUUUGCAUUGCUAUGUUUUUGGAUGGUGCAAGAUUUUGUGAGCUGUCUUAAUAUGACGACGCUGACUGUAGCGUUGGGAGACUCGCUGACCUUAAACUGCACCUACAACUGCUCCACUGGAUUCAUCCGCGGCUGCUGGCACAAGGCGUCCGAGAAAUCGGCGUGUCUCGGAUCGUACACCGGAAGCAGCUUCUGCACAGCGUCGCUUCAUCUGUCAAAUGUGACCAUGGCAGAUGUGAAUACGAACUACACGUGCUACACAGAAGAUAAGGAUGACCCCCGACUUCCACAGAAGACAGAGAGCGUUGUCUUUCUGCAGCCUAAAGAUUUAAAACGUGAUCCAAACAGGACAUUAACUCCAAAGACUAAAACUACAAAUGAAUCCCAUCCUGCAAAACCAAAUGAUUCAAGUGAAGGGGAAUUCACUGGGCUGAAGGUUUUAGCAACAGUGACCCUAGCUGUGGCCACAGUGCUUGCAGCACUGGCUCUUUAUCUGUGUCUGAACCGAAACAGGCAGAGCUGCAAUGGUAAAGGCGAACCUGCUGAGACCAGGUUUGGCUCAUCGCCACCAUCUCACAUUGUCCUCUCGCCAGGGAAAGGAUCAAUGCAAAAUGAGAAGGUGACACUGAGGAUUCCCUCGCCAGACAACGAGAGUGACACUGAAGUUCCCUAUGCUGAUAUAAUGAUCACCGUCCGCGGCGUCAGCACACCAGAGCUCACGCAGGUCGGCUACUCUGCUGCUGAUAAUAAAGAGCGGUGGGGAGAUGAGCCACGGUGUCACCUGCUGGCCUCGCGCUCAGCUGACAGACUGCACGUGCCCAUGGCCAGAGAGGUGAGCCGGAAGAUGAGCACCAACUCCGAGUACGCGGUCAUCACGUACGCCUGACUGAGGCCCUGCUACGCGAAGGACAGCGCGAGGAGAGAAAUACCCGGAUUUAGUUAUACGUGCUAAUACAUGUUCACUGUUUUUGUCUUUUUUAUGUAUUCUAUUUUUUGUAUACACAUUAUUGUUUUGUCUUUGUGUGCUAUGUUGACAUUGUUAAUAUAAUAAAGCUUCCUUCUGA